AUGGUGACCCAAAAGAGGAAACUGAAGGGCAAGAGAAAUUUGGGUAAUUUGGGUGAUUUAGAAAUUGAAACAACACAAUUGAACGGCAAAGAUGUUUUAAAAAAACAAGACUGCGUGAAAGAGUUGAAAUGUAAGAAGAAUGUGUCUUUGGUGAGUUGUCGUUCCGUUAUAAGGGCAGGGAGCGGACACACUCCUUUUACUUUAGUUGCAUCUCCCGUGGAACCACAGUCUCUACUUUUUCGAGGACGGAGAAAAGAAGAAAAUGGUGAUUUUGUACGAUUAGGACAUGAGGUUACCGAACAUGCAAAACGAGGAAAAGAUGAAUCAACGAUAGCGUGCAGAGAAACCAUACCCAAAUGUGCGAAAAUCGCAACUUGGUUAAGACAUGCAGGACUCAAGUGA